CACGGGAAAAGCGUCGUGCAAUAAUUAAUCUAAGAGUGACACACUCGAGUUUAUUUCGAAAUAUUUUGGAAGUGAAGCUUGAGUGCGCCGUCAACCUAUAGUGAAAGCUCCGUUUCGUUUUGUUUAACAAAGCAUGGCGAAGAUACAAGCUGGUCCAGUGGUUGAAAUGAAAGGAGACGAAAUGACACGGAUUAUUUGGGAACUCAUAAAAGAAAAACUAAUAUUUCCUUAUGUGGAGUUAGAUGUGAAGUCCUAUGACCUUUCCAUUGAGAAUAGGGAUGAAACAGAUGACAAAGUCACUACUGAAGCUGCAGAAGCAGUUAGAAAAUACAGUGUAGGGAUAAAAUGUGCUACCAUCACCCCAGACGAGAAAAGAGUUGAAGAGUUCAAGUUAAAGAAAAUGUGGAAAUCUCCAAAUGGAACAAUUAGAAACAUUCUCGGUGGAACUGUCUUCAGAGAAGCUAUAAUUUGUAAAAACAUUCCAAGAUUGGUUCCAGGAUGGAUAAAGUCAAUAAUUAUUGGUCGCCACGCUCAUGCUGAUCAGUACAAAGCAACAGACUUUGUUGUCCCAGGCAAGGGUAAAGUGGAGAUGAUAUACACUCCUGAUAAUGGCGGAGAACCGGUCAAAUAUGUUGUACAUGAAUUUUCUGAUGGUGGUGGAGUAGCCAUGGGGAUGUUUAACACAGAUGAGUCCAUCAAGAACUUUGCGCACAGUUCUUUUCAAUAUGCGCUUGAGAAGGAGUAUCCCCUAUAUAUGAGCACAAAGAAUACAAUUCUCAAAAAGUAUGAUGGUAGAUUCAAGGAUAUUUUCCAAGAAAUCUAUGAAAAGGACUACAAAAAGAAGUUUGAAGAAAAGAACUUGUGGUAUGAGCACAGGUUGAUUGACGACAUGGUAGCUUAUGCACUCAAGUCUGAAGGUGGCUUCAUGUGGGCAUGUAAAAACUAUGAUGGAGAUGUACAGUCAGAUUCUGUUGCUCAAGGAUUUGGUUCACUUGGUAUGAUGACCAGUGUUCUGGUGUGUCCUGAUGGGAAAACAGUCGAAGCAGAAGCUGCCCAUGGAACAGUGACAAGACAUUACCGUAUGCACCAGCAAGGGAAGGAGACUUCUACGAAUCCAGUUGCCUCCAUCUUUGCAUGGACAAGGGGUUUACUUCAUCGAGCCCAGCUGGAUGGAAAUGACAAUCUUGCCAACUUUUGCCACGCUUUGGAGGAGACGUGUAUCGCUACAAUUGAAGCUGGUCACAUGACCAAGGACCUUGCUGGUUGCAUAAAGGGAUUGGCCAACGUUCAGCGGUCGGACUACCUAAAUACUUUUGAAUUUCUUGAUAAGAUAGCUGAAAAUCUAGCUGUAAAAUUGAAGCAGUCGCCAAGCCAUUUGUAACUAGCCAAGCUAUUUCAAUGGAGGCGAAGUUUUACUCAACCAAUCCAAGCAAUUUUAUAAGAAUCAAAGAUUUAUCAGAAUGAAAGAUUUUGUUCAGGCAAGGCCAAGAAAAACUGGAAAGAUUAGCAUGCAAGCCUUAAAGUCUGGUAAUAUAGCAGCAGAAGAUCCUUUUACAUACUAGAAUAAUCCCCCCCCCCUAUUAUUUGGAAUAUUAAAAAUUUUUGGUCUUAGUUCAGAUAAAUUUAUUUGAUUUUUUAAUUUGAAUUUGAAAUGUCCAAAGGUAACCUCUAUCGUUUUCUUAGAGAAAGACACAUGGACUUUUUCUUUGUCCUUGUCUCUUUGCAAAUGAGUACAGUAAAAACCCGCGUGUAAGAACCUAGUUUUUUUCAUGUCUGGCAAAAUAGGUUCUUAUGUUUUGGGGUAUUUACUGACAACUUAGGCAAAACAGGUUCUUAAUAGGUUCUUAGCCUCAAUAUUUCAGAUGUGAGGACAUGCCAGACUUAAUUUUCUAUACUACACUGUACAAUACACCGUGUACUGAACAAUGUACUUAGUUAUACAGUUUAGAAGUUUAUACCCAGGAGUACAUUUUUUUUUAACUUGCUUUAACACAUGGCUCGGAGCCAUAAAUACAGUGGAGAAACUGUAUUGUGACAUGUUUUAUGGAAGUGUCAAAUGUAUAGAGAACAUUAAUCUUAUAGUUACAGACACACUUUGCUUAACAACAUUGUUUCAUUAUCCAGAACGACUCUUCAUAUAAGAACCAUGCAGGUUUUGGUGGGUAAACAGGUUCUUAUAUUUUUGGGUAUUAAAAUCCAAAAUUUCUGCCAAAAAGGUUCUUAAUUACUAGGUUCUUACACGCGGUUUUUUUUUUUUUUUCACGCGUUUUACGUCGUCGACCUACAGUAGUUUAGGUAAGAAAGCCUUAUUUGUCCUCUUUUUAGGUGAAAAAAGUUGAUGGCCACAAUUUUAUUUAAAUCAAAUGAUUUUUUAAGGACUUGAAAAAUGGUCCAAAAUUAUAAGAAAUUUUCAAUGUUCGAAGUGAAGCUGUGUUAACCAAAAUGAAUUUCGAUCGUCUGGAGUUAAAUUCGAUUUUAAAUUAAUUUAACACCAAAACGGUUCUUUUCAAUUGCACAUACUGUUUUAUAAUACGUACGUGAUGUGAAUCCAGGAAGCUGUGAUUAUUCUUUUUGGCUCAGAAAGUUAAAAUGAAAUUAAGAAGAACCCGGUAAAAAUAAUGAUUUAGAGCAAAGUGAUAUUUUACUAUUGUUUCUGUUAAGUUCUUGUUGUUGCCCUCGUUAGGUAAUUAUUUUUCAGUGUAGCUUAUUUUUACCCAAUUUUAGUGUUUAACAUUGAAACCUGAAAUGCCGGAACACUGAUCGAGGUUAGUCGAACGAAGCGCUUCGACAUGAAUGGUCUCCUUUUAAGUCUAGCGAGCAAGGGAUGGCGAACACGGAGUGGGAGACUAAAAGAACUCAGGAUAUCGCUCGCGGCCCUCGCGUACUGGCCGAGCAUCCUGGAGUAGGAACCUGGGUUGGGAACAGACUAAGACAAAUCACAGUUUGAAUUUGUGCCAUGUCCCGCGAAGCGAGUGAUUGUUGCGAUCUGUGUAUUAGGUUCAAUUUUUUUCUUUUUCGCUGUUUGUUUGCAUGUUUUGUUUUCAGACCCUUAAUACUAUAUUUUAAAGGAAAGUACUUUGUCCAGUGCACAAUAAAGAUCGCAUUUUUGUCAAUUUUU